GCAAGGCCUGUGACUUGUCCUGGUUGCAGCAGAAUCUCUGUGAACCAGAUCCUGGGCUACUCCCAGCAACCACAGCAAAGCCAGUGCCAUCCCAGUCCCGCGGAACCUCCAAGCUGCAGAGCUCUGUGCUUUCAGGCCCUUGAGGAGCCGGAAUUGGACAGAAGUUCCAAAUCCUCUGUCAAAGCUGAGCCAUCUCCUUCUCCAUACCCCGGUGGUUGUGGGGUAGCUUCAAGAGGAGGCAGGGUGGGAUGGAGAGGAACCAAGGGGAGACCGCCUUCUGCUCACUGCAAUUUCCAGUGGCCUCCCAAACCUCAAGAGUUCAGUAUGGCCUGCGGGGUCUCCACAUGCUUUUCACAGUAAUAGCGGCCAGCAGGGGGCUGCCACUGAGAUUGUGAGAUAGAGAGAAUCAGAGAGACAGAGGAGCCCUGUUAUUUUGUUUUCCAUUCUCCACGUGAUCUGCAGUAUUUUUCCUCCUUCCCAUUAGAAGUACGCCUCCUCCCCUACCAUCCUGAUGUGACCUACUUAUCUACUCCCUUUAAAGGGAGGUACUCUGGAAGGCAUCCCAGUCUAGGGCGGUUCUGUCUGUGAUUCUCAGAGAGACAAGCUGUCUCUUUAAUAAGGGAAAUCCAGAAGCUGUAAAAUUGGGGGUGGGGUGGUACGAGGGGGUAGGGGGAGGUAGUAAGGAGGUUAGGUAAGGUUGGGGAAGAAGGGAAAUGGAGGUUGGUGGAGCCCGAGAAGAGUGUUCAGUGGUGUGGCUUUGGCCAGCAUGACAGAUUCAUGCCAUGACUAAGGGAAACAGGUUCUGGACCGGUCAAAGGGCGGUGGAAGCAGCAGAUGUUGACUGCUGGAGAGACUGCACGAAACGAGCCUGGGAACCCCAACCCCAGGGGCAGCCAGCCCAUCAACCUGAACCACUACGCCACCAAGAAGAGCGUGGCCGAGAGCAUGCUGGACGUGGCCCUCUUCGUGUCCAACGCCACGCGGCUGAAAGCGGUGCUGGAGCAGGGGCCGUCCGCCCACUACUACACCACCCUCGUCACCCUCAUCAGCAUCUCUCUGCUCCUGCUCGUGGUCAUUGGCAUCCUGCUUGUGGUCAUCGCGCGGCUGAACCUCAAUGAAGUAGAAAAGCAAUGGCAGCUCAACCAGCUCAACAACGCCGCCACCACCCUGGUCUUCAUCACUGUCAUCAUCAACGUCUUCAUUACAGCCUUCGGGGCACAGAAGACAGGCUUCCUGGCCGCCAGGACCUCAAGGAAUCCCCUCUGAACACAGCCUGGGACCCAGGUCCUGGGUCUGGAACUGCUUCCACCUUUCCUCCCUGAUCUGUUAGGCUGAUGGGCACUUUCGACAGCCCCUGGGAGAGCUCCAAAAAGGGCUGUGUAGAUGCCCUUGAUCCCUACCCACAGCAUCUGAAAUAAGAUGUACUAUUUUACUGGUCUGAAUCCCAUCUUGGUCUGGAGUCCUGAACUCAGACUGGGGUACUGCCAGUCUUUCUAGUAGCAUCUCCAGAAUCUAAGACAUGUCUAUCUAAGGUCAAGCCCGCCCAGCUUCAGGACUCUGGUUCUUACUCCACCUCAUUCCUUCCCCUCUGCCUCAUCCAUUUCCUCUGCUCCAGGCCUCAGUUUUCCCUUUCUGUAAAAUGGAAUGAUUUCUAUCUAUAAAGUUUUCUGCAAAUCCA